AUGUUCUAUUACAAAGUGUUUACAUCCCAGCAAACCUCGGAAACCAGAAUGCCUGGUAAGCGAGGUCAGACGCGUUCAGCAAUAAUUUAACCGACAAUUUCUUCUCUCGCAAUUAUCGGCGCCCACAUGACGUUGACUAGAAGCCGUUACACUGCACGAGUUGCCUGAAAGCCCGCGCCCUCCGUGCGUUACGAUCCACCGCCUCUCUCGGUGCUCGCCAUGUACCGUGUUCCGGGUAGAAAAAAACUACCAAAUGCUCGGGUUACACGUCGGACCGGUUGUUAUGAAGAGUUACUUAAAAUACAAAUGAACUCAUUUGUGCGCAGCAGCUUACGGGUGCAAAUCUCAAGACGACGAAACCCCGAAAGGAAAUAACAUACGGAAAAUAAUCAUUAAAAUGUUUCCUAUUCAAGCCCCUGGGUGAAACGACGCACGCUCCCCAGAGUCAAAGAGGAUCUUUUGUCUCGAGAACGACCUAAAAUGGAGUCCUGCUUGGUUCUAGCCCCCCCUAAAAGCCAAUCAGCGAACCAGCAAAUAGCCACGUCCCCGGGGCGGAGACUAACAGUGCAGUGACGACAGGGCGAGACUUAACCACACCCUUCUAGCAACCUCGACUGGUCCAACCACAUCGCUGCGAACCUCCUCCUGGGGCAACGCGAUUGGUGGAAUGCAGGCCGCCUAAGCCAAUCACGGCGUCGGAGAAGGCGUACUCCACAAUGCUUUUGUUCACGGAGUGCACGAGGCAUUUCGAUCGUUGGCAGGGAUAAAAGAGCGGGAGGGUCUCGAGCGCGAUCGCAACCGCCUUUUAGCCGUUACUCACGCGUCGAUUAGACGUGCCCACAGCAACAUCGGGCGCCAGCUAGCUUGGCGCACUGCGGAAGAGGCGGCGGGGCUGGACCGGAAACGAGUCGUAGAGACUUGGGGGAGGUGCACGUUGUUAGGUUUCAGAGAGCUGUGGUGUAUGGUUUGAUGAGAGAAGCUAGCGGCUCAGAGCAAAGAAGAUCUAGUGAAACGAUAAGGUCCUGGUGGUUUCACGUGGAACGUGCUGUAGUCGAGCAUGGUGGCAGUUGGUGGACAUUAAGGGGUUUUUUUUUUUUGCCACCAGACUUUGUUUGGGAUUGGACACCUCGGCUUUUUUUUUUGUAAUGGAUGGAAGGAAUGCUUAUAAAAUUUAAAACACUUUUGAGGUGUUCUAUAGGUUUUUGAGCUGUACAAUAUUUUUGGAUUUUUUUAAGUGAAAGGUGUUGAAAGAUACAUAUUAAUAUCUUAAGGAUUUGGUUAAGGAAAACCAUGGUGAUAAGACUAUUGAUGGGGGGAAAAAAAUGGCUGUGUUGAAGUCUUGUAAGACAUAGAACCAAUGUUGAAGUCUUGUAAGACAGAACCAAUUGGGUGUAAAGGACUAAGUAAACCGUAUUGCAAGACAGUGCUGCUACUGCAACACAAGCUGUUACAUUUUAUUUUUUAGGGCGGCAGGGAAAAAGGAGAUUUGUGUGUUUAGGUUUUGUCAGGGGCGCUGGAUACAACAGAACAAAGCAAACGUUCACAUCUUGUUUAAUGGUAGGGUUCUUUGAGAUUGUAGGCGGGAAAUGUCUAGCAAACUUAUCUGCUGAAUAGAUACAUGGAAUUUUGAACUAUAAAGAAGACAUUCCAUAGGGCCACAUCUAACCAUAUUGAACAGGUCUACCAAGAUAGCACUACCUAAAUUUUCAGUUUAUUAUCUAUACAUAUUUCUUUCAAAUUUUGACAUCAUGGCUUUUACAAACUACAGCAGUCUAAAUCGUGCACAGUUGACCUUCGAAUAUCUACACACUAAUUCGUGAGUAUUUUGCAUGCAAAUAAGAUUUAUCCCAUGGAUUUAUAAAGCUCAUAGAGAAGGGAAAAGUUGCCUCUGUGCGUUUGGCUCUAUUGGUGACUGAUGCCAGUUGUGCAAUUUUUACAGGCAUUGGCAGAAUCUUGAUUUGGGAAUCAUAAUAAUGAACAUAGUUUUUGACAAAGAAAUUAAAUCUUUUAAUUUGGUGAAAACAGCAGCCUGAAGAGGACUGUAUUUGCACGGAUUGUCUUUACAAGUCUUGCCUCCUCUACUUGGAUCAACACUUAUACUUUCAUCUCAGAAUUUAUUAUGGUUUUAAAAAAAGAAACUUGUAUUUCUAUCAAGUUUGACAGAAUAAAAAAAGGCUAGAAAUUUUGCAUGAUUUUCUACCCUGAGUGGAAGACACUGAGUCUUAUUUACCACUACUUUUAUUUUACGAUUAGAAAUAACAAUCUUUGAAAUUACGAGAAGGCAAGGCUCAAUUGUUUAGAAUUACAACUACAUCAAAUUUAAACUUUUUACUACCCCAAAAAAAAUUGGAGUGAUCAGAACAGACCGGUCCUUCCUACUAGGUCACUCCUGUCCUAAAUGCAAGGCUGGUCUUUUUAGCAUGAAAGAUAACGAUAACCCUAUGUGUACACUUACGCCAAUAUGAACCUCAUGCUAGUUUUUUGGUGCUACUAAAAAAAAAAUUGGACACUGUAACCUAGAUAUUUUUUUUCAACUUUUGAAAUUAAUUUUACAUUAAUCAAGUGAAUUUUAUUUCCAAGUGACUCUGUAAGUAUUUAGAGAGAAUCACUACAAAUACUCACAAUUGCAUUGGAAGCUCUGGAACAUCAAAAUGCAAUUAAGAGAUCGUAUGACAAAACUGGACUGUUUUGUCCUAUGAAGAUUUUGCAGGUAGGUAAGAGGUGAAGCGUCUGCGAUCAAGGUUUGUCAUUCCUGCAGCCGUCAUUACCAGGAUCUAGCAUUGAUCUCUUUUGUACUGGCUUGCCCAUUUGAAAGUUCAGCAGUUAUGUUGGCUGUUUCACUGAAGUCACCGAAAGGCAACUAAAGAUGGCAGCAGCCACCCAUGUUUAGAAAGAAAAAUGUCCUUUUUUGAAGCUCGUCCCUUAAUAAUGCUAUUGUGAUUGUGUGUAUGUAUAUUAGUUUAUAUAUUUAGUCUGUUAUAUUUUUAUAUGACAUUGAAUCUCAAGGCAUUCAUCUUUGUCUUGUGAACCACAUAAAUGUGUGUUUUGUUUGAUUAUAUUGACUAUUGCUAUUCAUCUCUCUAGUUUGAAAAGCUAUAUAAUUUGCUCUUUUUGUUUUUAUAGAGAUGCAGAUGCUACAAAAAUUGACAUUUUUACAGGUAUGUUUUAGGCAACACAAAUUCUGCCAUCUCCAUGUACUUAAUUUGCAUACUUUCCAGUUAGAAAUUCAACAAACUACAUUCAUCUCAUUCGCACAGAGCGCAUAGAAUGUACAGUGGUACCUCGGUUUACAAACGCCUCGGUUAACAUAAUUUUCGGUUUACAAAUGAAAAUCCAUUGAAAGUAAUGCCUUGGUUUACAAAAAAAAUGUUGCAAUACAAAGCAAGUUUCCCCAGCAUGCAUUGCGCCUGGGAAGUUUAUAGCGCCGCCCCCAUGCAUGCUGGAGCUAUGGGUAGCACGUGGUGUCAAGUGUGGAGGUGUUGGAGCGGCUUUUGCAUCGAGUUUUGGAGCCAUUCUGGAAAAAAUGUUGGGACUUCUUAAAAACUUUCUUGGUGCAUUUCUCAAGCGGUGGUAAGGUAGGGAGCUGAGCUUUGUCGUUUUCGUGCAUUUUACUGUGUGUUCUGCAUUACGGGUUGGUUUCCAUGCCAGCUUAUGUUGACUGUAGUUGGACCUCCAGAACGUAUUAAUUGGUUUUCAAUGCAUUCCUAUGGGAAACCAUGUUUCGGUUUACAAAUAUUUCGCAAUACAAAACGUCCCGGAGAACGCAUUAAAUUCGUAAACCGAGGUACCACUGUAGUUGGCUACUAUGGACUGUUGACUUGGUAUUUUGUCAUUGCCUAAUUUCUUCUGGUUGUAAAAAAAAGUGUUCUACUCCGUUGCCUAACAAAUACAUUUUUAAUUGUUUAGUUCUUAAUUUUGUACAUGCAUACAAUUUCUGAAGUAGCCGUUUUUUGUUUUUUUUUCAGUGCAAAGAGAAGAUUUGAGGGGUGGCUUUAUGCUUUGUUUUCUUGAUGACGGAGCAGGAAUGGAUCCAAGUGAGUACAAACCAAACUACAAGAGUAAAAGACUAAAUUGGUGGUGCAGUAGACAUUGCUUACCUAGAUUUCAGUAAGGCUUUUGACACUGUUGCACAUUGAAGGCUUAUCAAUAAACUGCAAUCUUUAAGUUUGGAUUCCAAUAUUGUUGAAUGGGUAAGGCAGUGGCUGAGUGACAGGCAACAGAGGGUUGUAGUCAAUGGUGUAUAUUCAAAGCAUGGGCUUGUCACCAGUGGGGUACCUCAGGGAUCUGUACUUGGAUACAUUCGCUUUAAUAUUUUUAUUAGUGAUAUUGCAGAAGGUUUUGAUGGUAAGGUAUGUCUUUUUGCUGAUGAUACUAAGAUAUGUAACAGGGUUGAUGUUCCAGGAGGGAUAUGCCAAAUGAUUUAGGUAAACUAGAAAAAUGGUCAGAAUUGUGGCAACUGACAUUUAAUGUGGAUAAGUGCAAGAUAAUGCAUCUUGGAUGUAAAAACCCAAGGGUACAGAAUAUUUUGAGUACUAAACUCAACAUCCGAGGAUAGGGAUUUAGGGGUGAUUAUUUCUAAAGACUUAAAGGUAGGCAGACAAUGAAAUUGAGCAGCAGGAAAUGCUAGCAGGAUGCUUGGUUGUAUAGGGAGAGGUAUUAGCAGUAGAAAGUGGGAAGUGUUCAUGCCAUUGUACAGAACACUAGUGAGACCUCACUUGGAGUAUUUUACGCAGUACUGGAGACCGUAUCUCCUGAAGGAUAUUGAUACUUUAGAGCAGGGCUGUCCAACCUGGGGCCCCCCAGAUGUUGCUGAACUACAACUCCCAUGAUUCCCUGGCUAUCUGUUUCAUUGAAAGAAUCAUGGGAGUUGUAGUUGGCAACAUCUGGGGGGCCACAGGUUGGACAGGCCUGCUUUAGAGAGAGGUCAGAGAAGGGCUACUAAACUGGUUCAUGGAUUGCAGGAUAAAACUUUCAAGGAAAGGUUAAAGGAUCUUAACAUGUAUAUCUUGGAGGAAAGACGAAACCGGGGAUAUGAUAGAAACAUUUAAAUAUAUAAAGGGAAUCAACACAGUAAAGGAGGAGACUUUAUUUAAAAGCAGAAAAACUACCACAACAAGAGGACAUAGUCUUAAAUUAGAGGGGCAAAGGUUUAAAAAUAUCAGGAAGUAUUACUUUACUGAGAGGGUAGUGGAUGCAUGGAAUAGCCUUCCAGCUGAAGUGGUAGAGGUUAACAUAGUGAAGGAGUUUAAAUAUGUGCAGGAUAGGCAUAAGGCUAUCCUAACUAUAAAGUAAGGCCAGGGACUAAUGGGCCUAAUGGAUCUUAUCUGCCAUCACAUUCUAUGUUUCUAGACUAUCUCAGAUUGACAGAAAACUAGCAUUACCUAACUUUUGAAUAAUGAUGCUUGUUUUUUCUUUCAGGAAAGGUCUUAUUAAAUGAUAAAAAAAAAUAAAAAAAAAAAUUGUUUGUGUUUUUAAUUUAUUACUUUAGGUGAAUCUGCUGGUGUUAUUCAAUUUGGUCGUUCUGCUAAAAGAACCCCAGAAUCUAUUCAAAUUGGACAAUAUGGAAAUGGCUUAAAAUCGUAAGUAGUUGCAUGGAAUUUUGUAGGAAGACAUUUUUUUAGUAGUAUUAUAAUAUUUUAAUAGUGUUUGCUGUUUUGUGCUUUUGUCAUUGCCAAAAGGUUUUGUUUCCGAUGUACAGGUGAUACUCUAAAAAUUAGAAUAUCGUGCAAAAGUUCAUUUAUUUCAGUAAUGCAAUGUAAAAGGGGAAACGAAUAUAUGAGAUAGACGCAUUACAUGCAAAGCAAGAUAGUUCAAGCCUUGAUUUGUCAUAAGUGCGAUGAUUAUGGCUUACAGCUCAUGAAAACCCCUUAUCCACAAUCUCAGUAAUUUAGAAUAUUACAUACAAUCAAUAAAAGGAGUGUACAUAGAACAAUAUCGGACCUCUGAAAAUUAUAAGCAUGCAAAUGGAUUCAGUACUUGGUUUGGGCCCCUUUUGCAGCAAUUACUUCCUCAAUGCGGCGUGGCAUGGAAGCUAUUAGCCUGUGACACUGUUGAGGUGUUAUGGAAGACCUGGAUGCUUCAAUAGCGGCCUUCAGCUCUUCUGCAUUGUUUGGUCUCAUGUCUCUCAUCUUUCUCUUGGCAAUGCCCCAUAGAUUCUCUAUGGGGUUCAGGUCAGGCGAGUUUGCUGGCCAAUCAAGCACAGUAAUCCCACGGUCAUUGAACCAUGCUUUGGUGCUUUUGGCAGUGUGGGCAUUUUCCUGCUGGAAAAUUAAGUCAGCAUCACCAUAAAGCCCGUCUGCGGAAGGAAGCAUGAAGUGCUCCAAAAUCUCUUGGUAGACGGCUGCGUUGACCCUGGACUUAAUGAAGCACAGUGGACCAACAUCAGCAGAUGACAUGGCUCCCCAAGUCAACAGAGACUGUGGAAACGUUACACUGGACUUCAAGCAUCUUGCAGUGUGUGCCUCUCCAUUCUUCCUCCAGGCUCUGGGUCCUUGGUUUCCAAAUGAGAUGCAAAAGUUGCUCUCAUCAGAAAAGAGGACUUUGGACCAUUGAGCAACAGACCACGUCUGUUUUUCUUUAGCCCAGGUCAGAUGCUUCUGACGUUGUUUGUUGUUCAGGAGCGGCUUGACAAGAGGAAUACGACAUCUGAAGACAAUGUCCAGGAUCCGUCUGUGUGUGGUGGCUCUUGAUGCACUGACUCCACCCUCCGUCCACUCCUUGUGAAAGUCCCCAACACUUUUGAAAGGCUUUUUUCCUGACAAUCCUCUCCAGGCUGCGGUCGUCCCUGCUGCUUGUGCACCUUUUUCUUCCACACUUUUCCCUUCCACAUAAUAUUCUAUUAAUGUGCUUUGAUACAGCACUUUGGGAACAUCCAACUUCCUUCGCAAUUACCUUUUGAGGCUUUCACUGCUUAUGGAGGGUGUCAAUGAUGGUUUUCAGCACAACAGUCAGGUCAGCAGUCUUCCCCAUGAUUGUGAUUCCUACUGAACCAGAUUGAGAGAACAUUUAAAGGUUCAGAAACCCUUUGCAGGUGUUAUGGCUUAGCUGAUUAGAGUGGGGCACCGUGAGCCUAGAAUAUUCCACCUUUUCACAAUAUUCUAAUUUACUGAGAUUGUGGAUUUGAGGUUUUCAUGAGCUGUAAGCCAUAAUCAUCGCACUUAUGACACAUCACACUUGAACUAUCUUGCUUUGCAUGUAAUGCGUCUCUCAUAUAUUAGUUUCCCCUUUUUCGUUGCAUUACUGAAAUAAAUGCACUCUAUUUUUUUUCGAGUAUCGCCUGUACAUGCUCCGGUUUUUAAAGCUGUUAAGAUGUGUGCAGAUUAAGACAGCCCUGUUGCUUUUGCUUAUUUACUACAAAAAGUAAUCAAAACAUUAAAAAAAAGAAAAAACGUGAUUUGCAACAUGCUGUUAUAAUAAAGGCAGUAGAUUUUUUUUUUUUUGGUGGGGGAGGGGGGGCAUCAAAAACCCAUGUGUGGUCUUUGUUUAUUUUAAAAAAAAAUGUUUAUUUAUAUGGCCACAGAUUUGGCACCAGGGCAAGCACUACAUAUAGACAAGUGGUACUGGUGGACAAGAAGGCCUGGCUCUCAGUCUCCAUUCCAAUUCAUCCUGAAGGUGGUUGAUGGGGUUGAUGUCAGGGCUCUGUGCGGGGCCGUCAAUUUCUUACUCACCAAACUCAUUCAGCCAUGUCUUAAUGAACCUUGUUUUGUGUACUAGAGCACAGUCAUGUUAUAAUAGGAAAGGGCCUUCUUCAAUUGUUCCCACAAAGUUGGCAGCAUAGUAUUGUCCAAAAUAUCUUGGUAUGCUGAUUCAUAAUAUUUCCCUUCACUAAAAGUAAGGGGCCUAGCCCAACCCCUGAAAAACAGCCCUAUACUAUUAUCCCUGCUCCAUCAAACUUUACAGUUAACACAGUGCAGUCAGGCAGGUAAUGUUCUCACGGCAUCUGCCAAAUGCAGACUCACCCCUCAGACUGCCAAUCAGAAGAGUGAUUUGUUACUCCACCGAAUGUUUCCACUGCUCCAGAGUCCAGUAGCAGUGUGUUUACACCACUUGAUCAUGGCAUUGUACUUGGUGAUCUGAGACUUUCAUGCAGCUGCUUGGCCAUGAAUACUAAUUCCAUGAAGCUCCUGCUGCACAGUUUUUGUGCUGAUAUUCAGCUAAUGGAAUCAGCAACUUUUACAAAGCACGUGACUCCGCUCUCUGACUUUACGUAGUCUUCCAUUGAGUUGCUGCUGUUCCUAAAUGCUUCCACUUUCCAAAAAUACCACUCACAGCUAACCAUGGAAUAUCUAACAGGGAUGACAUUUCACAAACCGAUUCAUUGCAAAGGUGGCAUCCUAUUAUAGUACCACACAUGAUUUCACUGACCUCUUUAGAAUGGCCCAUGUUUUCACAAAUGUUUGUAAAGGCAGACUACAUGGCAAGGUGCUUGAUUUUAUUGGUCUGAUUUGAAACACCGGUAAUUCAGUAUUUGAGAGGCGUGUCCCAAUACUUUUCUCCAUAUAGUGUGUGUGUGUGUGUCUGUAUAUUGAUAUAUACAUUGCAAUGUAAUUUGAAAUUGAAAUAACAAUGCAGUGAAAGAUGUCAUUAGACAAGGUAAAGGCUACUUUGCCUUAUGAAUGAAGCACUUUGUGGUGUAAGGUGAUGCUUCAAACAACUUGCACAUCCCUCUUCUUACAAUUUCCUAUCAUCUCUCAAUGGAUGGCUGGAGUAGGAAUCCAUUUGUAGUGUAUUGAUUUGGAGCUUUACAUGCUUAAAGCCAAAGGAAGGGGAAAAUUUAUAGAAAUAGAGCUAAUUAUUUGGGCCAAAUUAGCUAAAAUACAUAUGUUUUGUUGGUGUCCAGAGUAUCCAGCUUGUAUUUUAGUUUUGCAUGCACUAAAGUAUCUACCCUUUUUAAUUCAACAGUGGUUCUAUGCGAAUUGGGAAAGAUUUUAUUCUGUUCACCAAAAAGGGAGAAACUAUGACAUGUCUUUUUCUGUCUCGUACCUUUCAUGAAGAGGAAGGCAUUGAUGAGGUUUGGAUAUUUUAUUUUAUUAUAACAAUGCAUUUGAAUCAACGAUAAUGAAAACAUGCAUAUUUCUAUUUACCUAAUUUAUGUGAAUUAAUUCAAUUUGUUUUAUCAAACUGAUUAAACUGUAAAUUCCUAAAAUACUCUUUAAGGUAAUUGUGAGACUGUUGCCUUUAAUUAGUAAGAUCUGUGACUCUUCAGUAAUGUUUCAUAAUGUCUGUCUGUGAAAUAUCUUCAGGUGCAGGCUAGAAUUGGUCCUACCUCUUCUUCUUUUGGCUGUUGAAUCAGUUCAAUUUAUAUUUUAUUUUUUUGUAUAAGUUUUUUAAUUUAUUAUUGAUACUUUUAAUUUUUUUUUUUUGGUUUGAACUUCUUUUCACCAUUGUCAAAAAUAGGGACAAGUGAAGUGUACAUGUUUCGACCUUCAGUAACCUAUUGAGGACAAAUGUAUGUGUAAAACCAUCAGGAUUUAAACAUAAAUUGUCUUAUUUACUUUUAUAGUGUCAUUAUGAUAAAUAUGGAUAAGGAGAGUUUUUUUGCACGGAAACAUGUAAGCAUUUGCUUCAGCAACAGUAAUAGACUGAGAGUAUCAGCUUAAGCUUUCAGCAUAUCAUUGGCUACAUUUAAAAAAAUCUACAUUUUUUUUUAAGCAUUUGCUUGCUAUGCUAUGGGCAGCUAAUGAUAGGCUGACAGGGUCAGCUUUCAGUCCAACCAUGCUGCUGCAGUAGGAGAGAAAGACCCUGUGAGGGACUCCAGUGUUAAACUGUUUAAAAACUGUAAGGUGAGAUUGUGUUGUUAAACUCCGGGCGCUAUAACAAUUUUAUUGACAUUAAGGCGUUUUUGUGACCGGAGUGUUCCUUUAAUUGAUAAAUAUAUGUUCUAGUUAAAGAAUGUAUACAAAUCAGUUCUUAAUUCAAUGAUGCAUUCCCUUUUUUUUUUUUUAUUUAUUCAUUUUUUUUUUUAUAAAUAAUUACAUAGACUUAUUAAAAAAGUAUAUUAUAUUAUGGAAAUGGUGGAAGGAGAAUGCUCACUAAAAAAAAGUAAAUGUGUUUCCCUUUCAUCCCAUAUAUAAGGAUAUAAUGGCUGUAACGAACCCCUUUUAGUUCGUAUACUCCGUUCAUUCGCACACUCCUGAAAUGCUAGAGGCUUAAGUGAUUAUAGCCUGUUCGCAUAGUACUCUGGUUCGUACUCUCUCAAAAUUCUAAGGUCGUGGGAAAAAUCAAUCGGUUCACCAUUCGCAUACCCAAACAUCAGUCGAGACUUGAUGAAGGGUACAACUGUAACUUUUUAUUAUGGCCAGAUGGCCCAGUUAUAUACACAGAUCCCCAGCAUGGGGCCUAAAGCAAAGACAUAGUAAAACACACCCAGGAGUCUCUGUGUUUGGGAGAUAAUUUAGUGUACUAUGCUUAAACUAAUUAUCUCCCAGGCACUAGAGGUACAAAAUAUAAAACCUAAAUUACCCCAAAAUACAUAUAACACAUAUAGGAACCCCCACAAAUAUUAUAUCCCCGGAUAGCCUGGAUCUGAGCGCCCAACAUGUCCAAAUAGCGCUCAGAUCCCACAAACACAGCCGAAUCGCCACUGGGAUAAAGUUUUGACUGACCGCACACGUAGCAUCUGCCCAAAUCCGUUCCAGAGAAUCAGUGGUAGAGGUCGGUCACCUUCGGGAGUUCCCAAUCGAAACAAAAGUCAAAUGGUUCCCCUGGCUCAUAGGUAGCGAUUGUUCACCUUGUUCGUGUGAACAGUCAGACCGAACAGCGCUCUCCUGGCUUGUCGGGCGAAGGAAGCAGGCGAUCGUAUCAAAUCAUUGGUGCCCGCAGGGUCGACUGUCCACUGUCAAGAUACCACUGCUUGCUUUCGGGAGACAAGAUGUUGUUCGGUUAUACGAAUGGCGGCCACACAGAGAGAGCACUUAAGUUUGUGGUUUCUUUGAAGUUAAAUGAGCCAGGGGAGUGGUCGGUGUUCGGUAGAUUAGUCUACCGAAUGCAGGGAAAAAUAACGGGGACAAAGAAAUAUGGGUUUUUGUCACAAUAACCAGAGAAUGACAGAACCCAGAGAAAUAAAGCUUAAAUCACUAAGCAUUUUAAAUACAUUUUACAUUUAAAAAGAAAGAUCUAUUUUUUUUUUUUUAGAAUUUGUGCCCAAGGCUGAUGUUUCCGUUGCACAGAUUGGGAAAAAGAAAACCAUUCAUAUAGGUUAGAUUUUGAAUCGAAGGGAUCCUAUGAUCCUAAGAAUAUUUUGAGCUUCCAUUUCACAGUAAAGACCUUAUCACAUGUCCUUCAGUGGCAACAGCACAGAUAUGGCUAUCUACUCCAGAAUGUAAAAGUGACUUCAGAAUUUCUGUGCAAUGCUUCGAGUGAGCAUUUACAUCUAGCAGAAAAAAACACGGGGCUUGCUAGUUUUGGAGGGAGAGCUGUUUGGUUACUAGCUUGGUAAGCUGAUACUUCCUCUAAAUAUGCACAUUUUGGCCAAAGGGGGGGAAAAGGCUCUUCCACAGUGUCAUGGUCUAUAAUGCCAAAACACAGAGUAUGAAACCCAAUUUAGGUAAUCAAACAAAAUAAUGUGUUAAUGAUCCUUAGAGGUGGUGUAGGACAGAGUAAUUGAGUAAACAUUAAAUAAGCGAAAGUCAAUAAACACCAGAAAUCCGAUAAACAAUAAAAAAGAGCCAGAAACAGGCACCGGAAAUCAGAAUUGCCAAUUGGAAAGCCUGAAUGGGACGAGCAAAUCUGAAUACUGAAUAAUGCGCUUUUUUGGCCGUCAAGAUUGGUGCGAUUUCUGCGAUGUUUAGUUUGAUGACAUCGACGCAUGGGUGUCCAGCAAAAUGUGAGGGGCUGCUGAGCAUGGCACAAUUCUGCGUCUUUAGAGUGACGACAUCUACGCAUGCAUGUCACGUCGUAAACCGGGGCCGGGAUGCUGUGUGUAGUGUCAUGCCAGAAGAGAAGCCUGACCUGGAGAUUAUAGUGUGUUCCCACUAUUGCAUCGAGAAUAACUUUUUUCAUUGGCAUGUCUCUGUGAGAGUGGAUCCUCUUCAAACAUCACUUUCUUUGGGAAAUUUCCUCCCAUGUCUAUUAGAGCCACAUUCUACAAGAGCGGUCUCUACUGCAAUAGGAACUCAGAUUUUUGGUGCAGAAUUAGAAUUUGGACACCUGUCUCACAGCAUAGGUGCUUGUCCGUACAGGAAUACUGUCUCUCCAGCGGCCCCAUCUGGUUCUGAGGUCUUUAAGGUGAGUAUUUGUUUUUCUUUUUCGUUAAAGCCCUCUUUUUCUUUCAAUUAGCUGUAUCAGCAAGAAUUUUAUCUUCUCUUUCAAAUGUCUAGUCUUGUUUCUUCAAAUAAAAUGCCAAAUCUGACCCAACUACUUUCUGCUUGAAAACUGAAGGUGUCUAUUAAAUCUAGCCUAUAGCAAAUGUGUAGAUAUGUGAUCGACGGAAACCUUAGAGAAGGCAAAACAAAUCUAUUCAUACCGGGGAAGGGGGCCUAACUGCCAUUCCAAAUGGUUGCAGUAAGCCUGAGCUCAGUGAGGAACUUUGAAUUUCAUUGACAUAAGACUUUUGGGACACUAUUUUCAGGCUUGUAUCUCCCAUUGCUUUAUUAAGGCAGGCGGGAAUGAAAUUGCCCUUCUUGCCUUGAAAUCUGAGGUGGAAAGUCCUGCGGCCUGCUUAGGGCCCUCCUGGCGGUUGGAACACUGAGAAGCGCCCGAUUUGUCUCUUGCCUACCAGGAAGCAGCCUUGUGGUGGUUGAGCCCCAUGUUAUUAUGUGCAUUUACUCACAAUGUCAGUUGGUAUAUCUUGACUCUAGCUUGAUUGGUGCUACCUUCACUGACAUGCAAUUGAUUGGUGUUACAUUCAUUGAGAUGCACACAUACUUAAGCACGCCUACAUUUUAGAUGUGUUUAGACUAGCCUGAAAUGAUCUUGUUAUAUAUACUUAAAAGUCAACACAUUAUGCCUGUUACUCAUGUUCCCUAUUUUAUAAAAAGUGCGGUAUGUGUGAUUUCAUGCAACUCCUUGACAUGAUUCUAUAUAUAAUCUUGCUGGAAUGUCUGUACAAUGCUUGCCUUGAUCUCAUACACUGAAAGAAAUUAUGAAUUUAAAAUAAAAAUUCAUACUUUCCUGAACUGGUAUCAGGAGAAUCUCCCACAAACUUUUGAGAGCUUUAAAGAAACAGUGGUUAAAUCCAUAUACUCCACAUCUGUCCAGUAUAGAUCUACCAAAGAAAGAAAAAUAGGUAAGACCUCUUCUCCUCCAUUCACUUGAUCAGAAGUCUCCAGCUAAGUGCCACUAUCAGAUUCUAGUUUCCCGGUGGAGCAAUUAAAAAUUUUUUUUACAGAGGUUAUGGCUAUCCAUGGAUGAAGGAGAUUUCAAGAUUUCUUGAAAUAUCUGCUUCCCAAUUCCAUUGUUCUACUUGCACUUCUCAGGUAAAAGCAGGUGCUCUUGUAGCCAAAUAUCUUGCUUUUCUACAAAAAGGCGUCAUUGAAAACGUCUCUUGCUUUUCUGCAAAAAGGCGUAAUUGAAAACGUUUCAGACGUCUACUUAAGCCUAUUUCUUGUACAAAACAAGACAAGUGCUUCUGCUCGGUUCUGGAUUAAAAGAAUGUGCACACAUGCAUCCUGUAUCCAAGAUUCCAAAUGUAAUCAAUCCUAUCUGUCACCCAUAUGUCAUGCAGAGGCCACUUCAUGGCCACCUCAGACUUUAAAGGACUCCUACCAUCAUGUUCUCCUGGCAAUACCUUUAAGAAAAUACCUGAGAUUUGCCAUCAAAGCAGGAAGAAGGAUUUAACAUUUGGCUUCUCUGCAGCUCCAAGAAUAUUUACAAAAAUUCUAGUACCACAGGCAGCUGAUCUUCUGUUGCUCCUUAUGUAAAAGCCAACUCGAGUCUUCCGCUUCAAAGAAACAUUCAAACCAGACCUUAGACAUUGUAGGAACAUGGUUAGCUGGUGAACUGGUAUUUCUUUCAUAAUCAUUCCAUUCGUGUCUCAGAAGAUUAUUAGUAUUUGAUGGUGAGUGAUAAACGAAUUCAUAACACUUUUAUGGAAUGGAAUGGAAUGCAGAACCUCCUUAAUAUCUGGCAAUUCACUAAAUUUCCAAUAUUGAGUUAUGUUAGUAGUUCCUGCUAUUAAAAGAUGACCUAACAACUUUUAUUUAUUUUUGUAUUUUGGUAAGUGUUGCGGAAUUUUCUUAAUUCGGGAGUCAAGUAGUCAAUCAAAUCAAUAAUUGUAUUGAGUUUCACAGUAUGUGACACAGGGAGCCCUCCUGUCUACAACCUCUCCAGCAUGUGUUUGAAUUUGUAGUAAGAAUGAGACUUCUUCAAUGGGAAAUUCUUCAAUACUGGUUAGGUGAAGAAGAGGAUUUGAAGUUCACUCAGAACUCUUGUCUCUGAUUUUAUCUUUCAAACUGAAAAACUGUCACAGACUUUAAAAAAAAAAAUAAAAAAAAAUUAGACAGCGGCAAGGCCCUUUCUUCCCAGUUUAUCAACUAGCUCUGAGCAACAAUAAACAUCCAAGGUUUCAAUAACAGGCUGGGAUGCUCAUUUAAAUACCCUAUUGCGUCAUGCAAAUGGACUACAGAAGAGGUAAAUCAUUUUUCCAACUUUAGAGAAAUGUUCUGAAAGCUUUACAUGCCUUCGAACCCUGAAUAAAAGGAUAACCUGUAAGGAUUCAAUCAGACAACCUCACAACAGUCACUUAGCUGAACAAACAAAGAAUCACAAAAGUAGAGUGUGUGACUCACCUUUGUGCACAGAUUAUGUCAUUGUUAUUGAAAAUCUUAGCAAUUUAUAUCUGGGGCAUAGACAACAUGAUGGCAGACAACCUAAGCAGAGCACAGUGGAAGCAAAUUGAGUGAUCUCUAGACCCAAAUGUUGUUGUUUUCUUUGUUUGUUUUUUAAAGAAUCAUGAAGCAAGUUGGGGUGCCAGAGAUCGAUGAUCUGGUAUCAAGAUAAAAUCAAAAAAGUACUAACAAUUAUUUAUCUAUUCCGGAAAGAUCAGACAAUUUAGAAUGUGUCUCAAUUAUUUUUGUAUUCAGUCUGGCCUACAUUUUUUUCCCACGAUCAAAAAUCUCCUGAUAAAAAUAUGGAUGGCCAAAUCAACAAGGAGAAAAUGGCUGAUGCUAGUACUUUUCUAAAGCUAUUUGGCUUGAAUAUCCUCCUUGGAAGUCUUUCUAUCCGUCAUGGAAUCUGUCUCUACCCAUUGUGAUUCUUCUUUCUUCCUAAAUCCUGAAGUUAUUCUAGACAAGAUUGCUGGUAACCCUCCCAAAUUUCAGGAGGUUAUUGAUGAAUCUUCCAAACCGCCUAAUAUUUUUUCGAUGGGGAUUACCAUCACCAAAGACAUGGCACGAUUCCAACAUGUUGGCAUAUGAAGGGAAAUAUUUAGUCCCCAUUGUGUUGCCAUGACUAAACAUGAAAAAAUAUGUGUUAAAGAGACACUGUAGUCACCAGAACAACUACAGCUUGUUGAAUUUGUUCUGGUGAGUAGAAUCAUUACCUUCAGGCUUUUUGCUGUAAACACUGUCUUUUCAGAGAAAAUGUAUUGUUUACAUUACAGCCUAGUGAUAACUUCACUGGCCACACCUCAGAUAGCUGUUAGAGAUCCUUCCUGGGUCAUGGUUGCCUAAAAUGUAUCCAAACAUUCAGUAUCUCCUCCCUCUGCAUGCAGACGCUGAACUUUCCUCAUAGAGAUUCAUUGAUUCAGUUCAUCUCUUUGAGGAGAUGCUGAUUGGCCGGGGCUGUGUUUGAAUUGUGCAGGCUCUGCCACUGAUCUGCCUCUUUGUCAGUCUCAGCCAAUUCUAUGGGGAAGCAUUGUGAUUGGAUCAGGCCUCCACUUCUGCUGAUGUCAGCAGGCAGUAGGCAGGUCUAAAGGAAACUGGGACAAAAUAUGCAGCUGCAGACUCGAAUACAAGUAAGUUUUAUGAUUUUAGGGAGGCAUGAGGUGGCCACGGGGGCUAGAUGGUGGUUUUGACCCUAUAGUGCUCCUUAACAAAAAAAAGUGAGACUUUCUAUCAUACAUUUUCUCAACUCUUUUGAGAAAUCUAUUACUCUUUCUAGGAAGUCAUCUCUAUUCCUUUUUGAAGUCUGAGAAGUAUAAUGCGGUAACAUGCAAUCCUAGACAUAAAUAAUUUCUAUCCUGUUUGAAACAAGCCAAUUGGAAGAAACAAGUUUUUAAUACCUUAAAUAGCUUUUAGAUUUCUGUAUUUGUAACAUCUCAUUUGGAAAUUUAGCCAUUCUGAUGAACCUUCACCCAAAGAUCCUAUCCCAGGUAUUAUGGGACAUUCUGGUGGGUCUACCAUUCAUUUGUGGAUCUUUGGAAGAUGCUAAAAAAAUAGGCAUGUCAGAGUUAGGCCUCAAAAUAUAUUGCAUUUUAUCUUCCUACUCCCAGAGACUAGCUGUGUCAAUGUGUUUGGUGUGGUCACUAGGCAGUCAGACAUACAGUUGCAAGAAAAAGUAUGUGAACCCUUUGGAAUGAUAUGGAUUUCUGCACAAAUUGGUCAUAAAAUGUGAUCUGAUCAUCAUCUAAGUCACAACAGUAGACAAUCACAGUCUGCUUAAACUAAUAACACACAAAGAAUGAAAUGUUGCCAUGUUUUUAUUGAACACACCAUGUAAACAUUCACAGUGCAGGUGGAAAAAGUAUGUGAACCCUUGGAUUUAAUAACUGGUUGAACCUCCUUUGGCAGCAAUAACUUCAACCAAACGUUUCCUGUAGUUGCAGAUCAGAGGUGCACAACGGUCAGGAGUAAUUCUUGACCAUUCCUCUCUUUACAGAACUGUUUCAGUUCAGCAAUAUUCUUGGGAUGUCUGGUGUGAAUCGCUUUCUUGAGGUCAUGCCACAGCAUCUCAGACGGGUUGAGGUCAGGACUCUGACUGGGCCACUUCAGAAAGCUUAUAUUCUUCUGUUUAAGCCAUUCUGUUGUUGAUUUACUUCUAUGCUUUGGGUCAUUGUCCUGUUGCAACACCCAUCUUCUGUUGAGCUUCAGCUGGUAGACAGAUGGCCUUCAUUUCUCCUGCAAAAUGUCUUGAUAAACUUGGGAAUUCAUUUUUCCUUCGAUGAAAGCAAUCCGUCCAGGCCCUGACGCAGCAAAGCAGCCCUAAACCAUGAUGCCCCCACCACCAUACUUCACAGUUGGGAUGAGGUUUUGAUGUUGGUGUGCUGUGCCUUUUUUUCGCCACACAUAGUGUUGUGUGUUUCUUCCAAACAACUCAACUUUGGUUUCAUCUGUCCACAGAAUAUUUUGCCAGUACUGCUGUGGAACAUCCAGGUGCUCUUGUGCAAACUGUAAACGUGCAGCAAUGUUUUGUUUGGACAGCAGUGGCUUCCUCUGUGGUAUCCUCCCAUGAAAUCCAUUCUUGUUUAGUGUUUUACGUAUUGUAGAUUCGCUAACAGGGAUGUUAGCAUUUGCCAGUGACUUUUGUAAGUCUUUAGCUGACACUCUCGGAUUCUUCUUCACCUCAUUGAGCAGUCUGCGCUGUGCUCUUGCAGUCAUCUUUACAGGACGGCCACUCCUAGGGAGAGUAGCAGCAGUGCUGAACUUUCUCCAUUUAUAGACAAUUUGUCUUACCGUGGACUGAUGAACAGCAAGGCUUUUGGAGAUACUUUUAUAACCCUUUCCAGCUUUAUGCAAGUCAACAAUUCUUAAUCGUAGGUCUUCUGAGAGCUCUUUUGUGCGAGGCAUCAUUCACAUCAGGCAAUGCUUCUUGUGAAAAGCAAACCCAGAACUGGUGUGUGUUUUUUAUAGGGCAGGGCAGCUGUAACCAACACCUCCAAUCUCAUCUCAUUGAUUGGACUCCAGUUGGCUGACAUCUCACUCCAAUUAGCUCUUGAAGAUGUCAUUAGUCUAGGGGUUCACAUACUUUUUCCACCUGCACUGUGAAUGUUUACAUGGUGUGUUCAAUAAUAACAUGGCAACAUUUCAUUCUUUGUGUGUUAUUAGUUUAAGCAGACUGUGAUUGUCUAUUGUUGUGACUUAGAUGAUGAUCAGAUCACAUUUUAUGACCAAUUUGUGCAGAAAUCCAUAUCAUUCCAAGGGGUUCACAUACUUUUUUCUUGCAACUGUAGGUGUCUCAAAGAUUUUCUCUUACAUUGAUCUGCAUCCAUCAGCACAAUAUUUUCUCCCUUGUCAGAUUGCUUGAUGACAACACUCCAAAUUCCUUAAAGCUUGUUUUUCUUGAUAUUUGAAAUUAGUCAUCUUCUUAUUGUUUUUUUAAUGUUAUCACUUCUCUCUUUUAAACUCCACAAAUCUUUCUCAACCAAUUUGUUAAAGUGGUUCUCUGCUAUACCUCUUACACGUAAGAGAUUGAAGCUGGAUUGUAAUCUGAUAUUAGUUCUUUAAGAAACUGUAUCAUCAUCUAAUAUUUUGCCAUAUCUAGAUCUCUCAUAUUCCUUGUGAUCUGAGGGAUUCUUUAUGCAUUCAACGUUCUGGAUGAUAGUUUGUUCCAAGCUUGCACCUUCAUCUGUUUCAUUCCUUCUUAAGUGUGAGUUUGCUGAUAUAUUUAUUGAUAUCAAUUAAAGUGUGAAACAAAUUUUAUUCUGUGCUGGGAACAAAUGAUAGACCUCAUGACAGUAUGAGAGUAAAUUGAUUUCAACUGAUGUAAGUUCUUUUGAGGACAAUAAUCCUGCUUGAUUUUUCCUUUUGGAGAAAAUAUCCUCUGAUUCCGCUUUCCUCUUCUCAUCCUCCUUUUUUUCUGAGCUGUUCAUCAUGUUCUCAAUACCAUCAUUUUCACUAUUUGAGUUGUUUAAUACAGAUUUAGAUUUUUAGUGGUUUCUAUAGAUCUUGAUUCCUUCCCUCCGAAGUAUUUGAUGUGUAUCUGUGGAAUCAUUUAGGGCAUCACUGCUAGAGAAAGAUACUUUGCCUUUAUUUCCAUCUGUUUUUCAAUGUUAUCUUUAAAACUGAUUUGGUUUUCCUCCUAUUAUAGGAAUUUCUAAAUUUCACCCAACUGUAUACUUGAUAUUUUUCAAAUGGUGUUGAGAAAUCAUUCUGUAGUGAUGUGAACCGCAUUCAUCUUCCAGUUUAAUUCAUUUUGCUUUCCCCCUUUUUUGAUGCCCAGUGCAGAGAUGUUAGCUUCACUUCUUAUCACUGAUGCUUAUUAUAGUGGGCAUGCCUUUUUCGUAAUAUUGCAAUAAAUCUGCUCUACAAGGAUGUUUGCUCUCCAAAUCUAUAUAAUUCUUUUUAGUUCCAUUAACGGGACACUAUAGUCGCCAUAACUACUACAACCCAAUAUAGUUGUUCUGGUGAGUAUAGUCGGUCCCUGCAAGCCUUUUGCAUUAAACACUGUCUUUUCUGAAAAAAGGCAGUUUUUACAUUAGUCAGGGUACACCUCCGGUGCCCACUCCUCAGAUUGCUACUAAAGGUGCUUCCUUAGCAGUGUUGCACACUGUGCAGCACUGACAUUCAGUGUCUCCACCCUCUGAAUGUAGACACUGAACUUUCCCUAUAGAGAUGCAUUGAUUCAAUGCAUCUCUAUGAAGAGAUGCUGAUUGGCCAGGGUGAUGUUUGUUUGGCCAUGACCCAAGCCCACCUCCUUGGCUGAGAUCAUCAGAAUUAACUAUCUCAGCCAAUCCAAUGCUUUCCUGUGGGAAAGCAUUGGAUUGGCUGCAAUCGUCACGUCUGGUGAUAUCAGCCAAAAAGGCAGAGUCAGCACCAGCAGACUGGAAUAAAGUUAAGAUUUUGCUAUAUUUAAAGGGGCUUUAUAAUGUUUUUAACACUAUAGGGUCAGGAAUACAUUUGUGUUCCUGACCGUGUAGUGUUCCUUUAUGUUCUUUUGAGUGCGGUACUGGUAUUUUGUGAAAAUUUUCAGCGCUAAUGAAAGAAAUGGCAUCAUUGUGCAGCAGCAGGAGAGAGAAACACACUUUUCUCCCCUUGUCAGGGUGUUGCAAGGCUAGGAGAGCUUAAAACUGCACAUGUGUAAAUCUGUCCUUCAUGCCCAAUGCACUUUUCCAGCAUUCCUAGGGAUAGAACACUUGUUAGAUCAGUGUCCCUCCCCCCACCCCCCCGGAAUAAGUGUAGAAAGCUUAAGAAAGUAGUUAAAGAUGUUUUGUUUUGUUUUGUUUUUUCAGCCUGCAAAGUGAGGCAACUGUAUCAUUCAAAACUAAAACUUUUGAAUGGGGCAGAUAUCACAUAGUGAGGUGUUUUAAUUGCAAAAAUACUGGUAAAAUUUGGCAUAUUGUUUGAUUUGAUCCAGUCCUGUCUCCAAAUGCAGCUAGGAUAUAAGCUAGAGAAAUGAUUUUUAAUGUAUAUCUGGAAUUCUUUCUACUUGUUCAUUACAAAAUAGUUUUUUUUUGUUUUUGUUUUUUUUAAAAAAGGGGUUGCUAGUGAAUCAAUCCAGUAGAGUGACCCCCCUCACGAAUAAGAUGCAGCCUGCAAAUCAAUUUUUUGGGGAGUUGCUACAACUUGUUCACUACAAAAUUCUCAUUUUGUAUUUACUCUUCGUAAUGUUAAUUUGUCAGAACAUGUUGAACUAUAAAAAAAUAUCAGGAUAUAUUCCACUUUAAUGGGAACCUUGAAGCGUCAAAACAACUUCAGCUGAAUUAAUUUUUGGGGGUAUAUAGAUCAAUCCCCUGUUCUUUAUAUCUGUUAUUUAGGAGUUAAAUCACUUUGUUUAUGCAUCCUGGUCUAAAGAGUCUAUAUUUUGUAGAUUCACUUGUUGCACAUUGCAUUUAACUUGGUAUUUCUUAACUCCUGCUCUGUUAACAGCCCACUAGACCUGAUUCCAUUAGCUUUAACCCUGUGUGUGAUAAAAGUUCAAUUAACUGAGCAGAAGGUAAGAAUUUCUAAAGUAAACACACUGCCCUGUAAGAUCUAAAUUAAAAUAAAAAACUAUUUUUCCAUGUAGGCUGUAUUAGUCACAGCCAGGGGAGUUGUGACUAGGGCUGAAUAAACAGAAAGCAACAUGAUUUAACAGUGAGACUUCAGGGGCUUGGUCUAUACAUAAAAACGAAUUUAUUUAAAUAAUGUGAAUAUUUACAAUCCAGAGUGAGAAAUAUUUGUCUCCAGUAAAACAAUAAACCUUUGCUUGCUUUAUGCAGACAGUUUAUUCAGUCAGAAGAAAAAUCUCUUCCACUCCCUGUCUUUUUGUUUUUUUUAAUGUUGUUUUUCUAUCCUUCAAGGUUAUUGUCCCUCUUCCUACAUGGAAUUCCAAAACAUGUGAACCACUAAGUGAGAACAUGGAGAAAUUUGCCAUCGAGACAGAACUUAUCUAUAAAUAUUCUCCAUUUCGUUCCCAAAAGGAAAUCAUGGACCAGUUCAAACAGAUCAAUGGUAGCUCAGGUAAAAAGAUAAAACAUAAAUAACACAUCUGUGACACAGACUAAAGUGUGUUCUUUUAUGAUGGCCCCUGUGUAAGUAAAACUGGGCAACUAGUUAAACAUGAGUUUGCCACUGCUUACUGAUAUUUGUUCUGGCCCUUUUUAAUACAUUUUUACCUGUCGAUUCAUUGUGAUAUCCUAAAAAUCUUGGGUAGCUGGGAAAUAAGACUCUGAUAGGCCCAUCUCCAAAUUGAAGGCUUGUCUAUGAAAACUUCUGGACAGAGGCAAACGUUUUGAACCAAUACAAAACCUAAAAUUUGUGCAAUGUGUUUGUUGCACUGCAGUUUAAGGGUUUUUCUUUAAAUGCCUCUGUACUUAAGAAAUAUAUGUGUGUGUUAUUUUUUUAGGACAUGUCUUUCUUUUAAUAUCCUAUAUGCAUACCUACCACAACAUUAAUUUUUAUUCAUGCAGCUUAAAUGGAAACUGUCAAGACAGGCUAGAUAAAGACCUAUCUGUGGGUCGAAACGUUACUGUGUACCUUCUGUCCUAAUAAAUGUGCCUAAAGCUGUUGGAGUGUCUGUACCUCCUAAAUAUAAAUAAAAGGCUUUCUUUGUUUUUUUUUGUUUUACUUUAAAAAAAAAAAAAAAAAUUGUAUUAGGUACUUUGGUUGUGAUUUUCAAUUUGAAGUUGAUGGAUUCUGGUGAGCCAGAGCUGGAUAUAGUCUCUGACCCAAAAGAUAUUCGAAUGGCUGGUACGCCACCCGAAGGAACGUAAGUGUUGUACACUAUGAAAAUAUAUAUCCUCUGUUCAAGAUACUUUGAUACUUUGUUUAUAUAUGUUGUUUCCUGUUAUAAUUUUUUGGAAAGUUGGAAUUAUGUUGCUGUGAUAGAACUAACCACAUACAAAAAAAAACUAUAUGUGAAUCUUGCUAAUGCCAAAAGCUGUUUCUUUGUUGUGCUAAUGUUUUGAGAACUUCUGAGCUGCAUGAAAAGUUAAGAUGAAGUGUAAAAAAAAAAAAAAAAGUGUGUACACACAACUGAUUGUACCAUCAGACACCUUACAUAAUACUAACCCACAAUUCACACAUCCAGCACAUGACACACACUUGGUAGGGGGAUGGGGAGGCACAAGGUGAGACGACACCCACGGCUAUAAGCAUGGACCUCAAUUUUUCUAAUUUACGUUAUAAUGUGUGUCAGGACCAGGACAAGUACUUUGGAAUGACAAGCAAGUAAUUUGAGCAGCAACUACGGUCUCUUUAACAAGUAGAUUUUAAAAAUAAAUUUCAACACCCCUGAUAUUUGGGUGGGGGGGCGGGGAAACUUGACAUUUUUUGUCCGUUUAAAAAAAAUAUAUAUAUAUAUAUAUAUAUAUAUAUAUAUAUAUAUAUAUAUAUAUUAUAUUAUAUUAUAUUGUUUAAUUUAUUGAUCUAAUCGGGAAAACCAGUCCUGAUAUUUUUUUGAAAACAAUUAUAAUGUGGUAGCUGUCAUACAAGCAUAUCAAUUGUGGGUAGUUGUAUUCAAGUUUCUCUCUUAAACCGUUGUUUAUAAAGAGCAAUUCUGGUGUAAAGUUUCAAAAGAGGACCGGUCUGGACUGGGCAAACUUACCUUGGUGAGAGCUUCACUUUUGGAAAUUUGCUCUAGAAUUAAACUUUUUAUUUAAAAAAAACAAAAAAAAAACAUGGUUGCAAGCCAUAGCAUUUGGUUCAAACAUAUGAUGUUAAUGCCCCAUUUACAAGCAUUUGUUUUCCUACUUCACAGGAAACCUGAGCGCCGUUCAUUCCGAGCUUAUGCUGCUGUUCUUUAUAUUGAUCCAAGAAUGAGAAUCUUCAUUCAUGGCCAUAAAGUUCAGACAAAACGUCUUUCUUGUUGCCUAUACAAACCCAGGUAACGUUAACAUGUGGCUGACCUUAUUAUAUUUGUAUAAUAUUUGUUUGAAUAACAAUUGGCUGCUGGAAAUUUAUUUUACUGUAUCUUCCAUGGAAGGGUGGGGAAGUAAUUUAAAACUAUUUAUCCUAUAAAACAUCUAUUAAAGGGUACCUAUCAUGACAAACACAAUUUACAGGAUUAUUUACUAAAGUAAAGUAAUGUAAACGUUAAGACCAAAGUAACAUAGAAACAUAGAAUGUGACGGCAGAUAAGAACCAUUCGGCCCAUCUAGUCUGCCCAAUUUUCUAAAUACUUUCAUUAGUCCCUAGCCUUAUCUUAUAGUUAGGAUAGUCUUAUGCCUAUCCCACGCAUGCUUAAACUCCUUUACUGUGUUAACUUCUACCACUUCAGCUUGAAGGCUAUUCCAUGCAUCCACUACCCUCUCAGUAAAGUAAUACUUCCUGAUAUUAUUUUUAAACCUUUGUCCCUCUAAUUUAAGACUAUGUCCUCUUGUUGUGGUAGUUUUUCUUCUUUUAAAUAUAGUCUCCUCCUUUACUGUGUUGAUUCCUUUAUAUAUUUAAAUGUUUCUAUCAUAUCCCCCCUGUCUCGUCUUUCCUCCAAGCUAUACAUGUUAAGAUCCUUUAACCUUUCCUGGUAAGUUUUAUCCCGCAAUCCAUGGACCAGUUUAGUAGCCCUUCUCUGAACCCUCUCUAAGGUAUCAAUAUCCUUCUGAAGAUACGGUCUCCAGUACUGUGUACAAUACUCCAAGUGAGGUCUCACCAGUGUUCUGUACAAUGGCAUGAGCACUUCCCUCUUUCUACUGCUAAUACCUCUCCCUAUACAACCAAGCAUUCUGCUAGCAUUUCCUGCUGCUCUAUUACAUUGUCUGCCUACCUUUAAGUCAUCAGAAAUAAUCACCCCUAAAUCCCUUUCCUCAUAUGUUGAGGUUAGAACUCUAUCAAAUAUUCUGUACUCUGCCCUUGGGUUUUUACGUCCAAGAUGCAUUAUCUUGCACUUAUCCACAUUAAAUGCCAGUUGCCACAAUUCUGACCAUUUUUCUAGUUUACCUAAAUCAUUUGUCAUUUGGCUUAUCCCUCCUGGAACAUCAACCCUGUUGCAUAUCUUAGUAUCAUCAGCAAAAAGACAUACCUUACCAUCAAGACCUUCUGCAAUAUCACUAAUAAAAAUAUUAAAGAGAAUGGGUCCAAGUACAGAUCCCUGAGGUACCCCACUGGUGACAAGUCCAAGCUUCGAAUAUAUUCCAUUAACUACAACCCUCUGUUGCCUGUUACUCAGCCACUGCCUUACCCAUUCAACAAUAUUUGAAUCCAAACUUAAAGAUUGCAGUUUAUUGAUAAGCCUUCUAUGUGCAACAGUGUCAAAAGCCUUACUGAAAAGUAGCCCAACUGGAAGCAUAGCAGACAGAUUUUUUUCAGUUUGACUAUUUUGACCUUAAAUUUGACAUUCAUUUUGAAUUCCCACUUUAGUGAAUAACUCUGCUAAUCAUAAAUGAUAGUCAAAUUUAAUCUUUAUACUUUUUUAUCUGAAUUGCUAGCAAAUGUCGAUUUCUCUAAAAUCAGAGAUUUAAAAAAACUGCUUGCUGUCCUGUCUCAGUUAAUUUAGUCUGUUGAUUAGCACAUAGAUAAUAAUGCUGUUCUCUGCAUGUUUGUUAUACUUUUAUCUAAUUAGUCAGCAAUUAAAUGAGAUCCAGAUAUUGCCCAAUUGUAUGUUCUAAUGUGAAAUACCAAUUAACUAGUUUUUUGUACCCCCCCAAAAAAUAAUCGAUUUUCUGUCUGCUAAUGUAAAAAUACAUUGAGCAACUUUCUUGUAAUAUAUGGACAAUUGUGAAGUCUUUUUCUGCUUGGAUCUGUGUAACAAAUUUGCUUAUAACCCCUAUUUCUUUUGCAGAAUGUACAAAUAUACUUCAAACCGAUUUAAAACAAGAGCUGAACAGGAGGUGAAGAAAGCAGAACAUAUGGCAAAGAUCGGUACUGCAAUCGAGGGGGGUGGUCACAGCCAGAAGAUAAAAGUGAUACUGAUUAAUAAUUAUGAAUGUUACUAAACUAUCUUUUUAGUCCUCUACAUGGCUGACUGUAUUGAUCUUGAGAUUCUGUUUGUGGAAUUCAUAUAUUGCAGUCAGUAAAUGUAUGUAUAUGUAGGGAAGUCCAAUUUUAAUUUGUGCCUAGCAUAGCUUAAAUGUGUAGAUAGAAAAAUACGUAAAAUCAAUAAAUUAUCAGAUAAAAAGUCAGUCUGUCAUUCAGAAAAUAUGUUUAUGUAAAAAGAUUUGGUUUUAAAGAACACUCCAACUUCCAUAACAACAACAGUGCGCUGUAGUGGUUAUGAUGACAAGAGUACCCUGUCCUCGCAUUGUAAGUAGUCAAACUGUUUUAGAAUGGUUUGACUUCUUACCUGGGUUCUGCUGAACACAGUCCCUGCUUUCUGACAGAGAGCCAGAAGCUCCUAAGCAGAGGAUUCCUUCAGUUCUUCUGAGCUAAGCCCAGUGGGUUAAUUCAGAGAGCUUAUGGUUCUUUGUUGAAAGUAAUGGAGGCAGACCCCAGGUAAGAAGUCAGACCAUACUAAAAUGGUUUGACUAUUUACAAUGGGGGGGAGGGGGGGACAUGACAGGGCAUUGUAAAUAGUCCUGGCUUCAUAACUGCAGUGUGCUAUAGUGGUUAUGGUGCUUGGAGUGUUCCUUUCAAAUAUAGCUGUAAAAUAUAUUCAGAUAACUUUAACUUUGACCAGUAACCUAUACUUUCCUUCUUACUAUCCUGUUUUGCUAGCGGAGGAUAAAGCACGAGAGGCAGAAAGCAAAGCACGAGCAAUGGAAUUGCGUCUUGGGGAUGACUUAAAUCGUGAAUCCAGAGUAUGUAUAAUCAUAAUUAAGUUGUUAUGGUGCCCAAACUGGUCCUUUUAUUUGAUGUUAUCCUUUUGACAACUUUAAAUAAUAUAAGAUUCUAUAUUCCAAUAUUUUGUAAUUUUUUUUACUUCUGGUCUCUAAGAGCACUGAAAGAAAAUUGAAUAUUGUAUAACUUGUUUCUCUAAAAACUGUGCUUGUUUCUGCCUCCUUUUAUUUUAUUUCUUUUUUUACCUUUUCUUUUUCUUUUUUUUCAGGCAGCUCUCCGCCAAGUACAAAAUGCAGCCAUAUCUUUCCGAAGAGAGGCAGAUGUGAAAAAACGCAUUAAGGAAGCAAAACAGAGGUAAGAACUGAAACUAGUAACUAAAGAACGUAAACACUGUAAAGGUUGUCUAUGAUUGAAGGGAAUAAAUAAAUUAAAAAAUCGUUACAAAAAGUAAAAUUUUAUGGCUAGAAAAAAAUGCUAGUUUACUAGAAAAACGCCACUAAUUGGAGUUCGUAAAAUAUAAUUACAAGGAAUACUCAAUAUCCAUAUUUAGCUGUCUGUUACCUGUGUUGUAUUGACAUAAGACACUGAGAGAGGAUUAGAAGCUGAACCGGGAUCUCUUUAUUAUGAGUAUUCUCUGUACAACUGAAUUAUAACCUGUGACCUUUUUCCUGUUCCGGGUUACAUGACAAGAUUAAAAGUGAACCAACACAUUAACUAUUUAAUGGACCACUAUAUGCACGCAGACCACUUCAGCUCAAUGAAGUGGUCUGGGUGCCAGGUCCUUCUAGGAUUAACCCUGACUGCUGUAAACCUAGCAGUUUCAGAGAAUGGGUUAAUCCAGCCUCUAGUGGCUGUCUCAUUGACAGCCGCUAGAGGCGCUUCCGCGCUUCUCACUGUGAUUUUCACAGUGAGAAGACGCCAGCGUCCAUAGGAAAGCAUUGAGAAUACUUUCCUAUGAGACUGGCUGAAUGCGUGCGCGGCUCUUACUGCGCAUGCGCAUUCAGCCAAUGACAUCAGAAGAGGGACACAUCAUCACAUUAUCCGUCUUGCAACUAAGUGUAGUUCCCAUGUGCUGUGUAAAAUAGCCUUUGGUUUAUUCCAAGUGUUCUUGAAUUUGCCUAUUCUAGUCCCUUUUGCAAUUAUUCUGCCUAUUCUAGUCCCUUUUGCAAAUCAAUUCUGGUAUUUCAUUCUGUAAAGUAUUUUGUUGUAUUUCAGUAGCUUACCCUAUAAAUAUAAAUAUAGUUUUUAUUUUUCAUAUAAUUUCUUUUAAAUAAAUACAAAAGAAAAAAGGAAUAACCAAUUUUAAAACAAUACAUGUCUCUCAGGAAUGUAAGAUUUUGUUCUAUAUUUAUUUAUUUAUUUUUUUAAUGUAGGGCACUGAAAGAGCCCAAAGAACUAAAUUUUAUCUUUGGUGUGAAUAUCGAACAGCGAGAAUUAGAUGGAAUGUUUGUGUAUAACUGCAGCCGAUUGAUAAAAAUGUACGAGAAGGUUGGACCUCAACUGGAAAGUGGAACGUGAGUAACUGAUUUCUUGUGCUUGGGAAUAUUGGUGAUCUGUAUACUAGAAAUCUAUCUAAUCUAUGAUGUUGAUUAUGUCUAGUCGAUUGCCAAAAUCCUGCUGCUUCUGUCUCAAAAACAUAACACGCACCCGCCAUUAUUUAAUACCAGAUGCAGCUACGGUGCUGGUCCAUGCCGUUGUUCUUUCUCGCCUUGUCUUACGUGUUUUCAGAUUGCACAGCUGCAACCUAUAAUGAAUGCGGCAGCAAGGCUAAUUUUCCUGUCCGCCCGCACCUCCCACGCCUCCUCCCUCUGUCAGUCCCAACUUUGGCUUCCAGUUAGAUAUAGGGCUCAAUUUAAGAUUUUGGUGCUUGCUUACAAGUCCCUACAUAAUGCUGCUCCAACCUACCUAUCCUCCCUAAUACACAAAUAUGUCCCGUUGAGGCUCCUGUGCUCUGCCGAAGACCUCCGCCUAUCCUCUGUCCGUACUCCCACAUUUGAUGCUCACCUUCAAGACUUCUCCAGGGCUGCACCUUUUCUGUGCAACUCCCUUCCCUUCUCCGUUAGGCUUUCACCCAGUCUCCACUCCUUCCAAAAAUCUUUGAAAACAAACUUCUUCAGAAAAGCAUGUCAUUUAAACUGUUAGAGGGUUUUCACCUCCCCCGCCGACUCCUCUCCUGCAACGGUCAAAAUAACCUACUAAGUUCUCAGUAAUUACUUUUCUAGCAACCUAUUUCAUUACCCCUACUUAUAUGCUGUGUGUCACUAUACCCCACUCCCUCUAGCAUGUAAGCUCAUUGAGCAGGACCCUCAACCCCUCUGUUCCUGUGCGUCCAUUUGUCUGGUAAUAAUUACAUAUCUGUUAGUCCACCCAUUGUACAGCGCUACGGGAUUUGCUGGCGCUAUAUAAAUAAUAACAUAAUAAUAAUGUACUUGUUGGAUAUGAUAGAUAUACACUUAAAAUCUAAUGCACAAAAAAAAAGUUCUAGAAAGAUUGAGUCCCCUGUCUAGAGCUCUUAGCAUAUUGUCCACCGACCUCUUCCCCUAUAUUGUGUGGUGCAUGCUGGCCUGUCUGUAUGUGCUCUCCGGCAGGAGCAUGCCGCAAUAAUAGCGCCUUUCUGACCUGGUGCUCCGUGAUUAAGAGCACAGGCUGGAGAACCCAGUGCUUGCCCUUUUGUUUCUUAAUGAUCACCAUGAAAGUGAGGGAUUGCUUAAGGGAAACCUCUAAUGGUAUAAAUACAAACAAUGUAUUUCUGUUGUUUGAGUGUUUUCCUAACCAUUUAAAAAAUGUUAAAGAAUUUUAACUUGCUUUAUAUCCCGCAGCACACUGGUCUUGCUGGGUCAGCCUCUCCUCUAAGAUCAGGGCCAGAUUAAGAGCCCAGUGGGCCUGGUGCUGACAAUUAUGAUGGGCCUAAUUACAGAAUGUUAUCGACAGAAACACUAAAACAGUCAUACCUCCCAAGCAUCAUAUAUCUGGUGGAGGUGGUGAAGGAGGGAUACUCACAUGAUACAGCUAUAAGAAAACACAUACCUUAAUCCAUCGCUUUUAUCUUGCAAGUAAAUCCAUACCCCCUAACAGCAGUGCCUCUUAGAGCUGCAUUAUCUCAGUGCAUGAAGACUCUGAAUUUCCUUUUCUACUCGGUCGAUUAAUAAUGCAUUGUUAAUAAGUAACAAGUGUGCCUUAAAACCCACUUUAAGGGGGGCGGGGCGUUACCGCCAUGCUGAAAGGUCAGAUGCAGGAGAGGCUCCUGUGUAAAUAUGCCAUUUUCGGCUGCUAACCCAGACUCACAGCCUUAAUCUGAGCCGGAAGGCAACAGCACUGUGUUCGGGCUGAAGUUGGCGCUACAGCAAGUUUUGAGAUUGGGAGUUUUGGGGCCCCAUGGGCUAUACAAGGCUUUAAAGCUUGCAGCCCUCUUGGGAGAGAAGCGGGACAGACUGCCGCUGCCCUGCUCACUUACCUGGCUGCCAUACAACUGCUCUGCAACACUCCUCACAUGCCCCCCUUUGGACUGGUGAUGGUUAUACCGGUCCCCACUGGAGGGUACCUAAGCAGUCAUCAGCGAGGCCUGCUGAGAGUACUCCAAUGCCCCAAUUAAAAAAUGGCUGUCACACUGACUCGCGGCCACUCAGCCCCCAGAGAAAUUCCAAAUUGCCUCAGAGGGACUGUGUAAAAUCCUGGCCUCAGCAUGCUGCAUACUUGACACCGGUAUCCAGCUACUGUGUUUUACUUACCCACACCUCGAGCCAGACGGAGUGCAACUCCACAUCGCUGCGCCACACCCUGGAGGGUGGUUCAUCGGCACCGGCCCAUCAAUGGCCUACUUCCUGGCGAGGUACUGACCAGCUGCUCUUCUAUCUGGCUGGGAACCCACAAGGAGCACGUCCAGGCCUUGGUCCACAGGGCUGUGUUCCAACUGACCACCCACUACUCCACAUCCGUGCUUAAGUCUGGGAGAGGCGAGUGGCGCUUCCAUUAAAGAAUCUAGAAGAGAUUGUACAUCUCUGCCAUCUUGGGGCAUGAACGAACUGUUCACUGGCACACUACCAUGUCUUAUAGUGAC